CACGUCGGCGACGCGGUGUUCGGUGUUCCUCCCUAAUUCUUCCUCCCCUUCCUUCGCUUCCGCUUCUCGCAGCGCGGCGAAUCCCAAAUCCGCGCCGAUCCGACUCGAAUCAACCGAGAGGCGAGCUCCCUGGAUUCCCCCCGCGGAUCCCCCACAGGCCACAGUCCCAGGGGGCACUAUUCGAAUCGAGACGAGCGCCAUGAACCCGAGAGGCUACCGAAGCAACAGAACUUCUCUCUUCGAUGGCAUUGAGGAGGGUGGAAUCCGAGCAACAUCCUAUUCUUCCCAUGAGAUAGAUGAACAUGAAAAUGAUCGAGCUAUUGAUGGACUGCAGGAUCGUGUCAGCAUUCUUAAGCGGCUGUCAGGUGACAUCCAUGAGGAGGUGGAGACUCAUAACAGAAUGCUAGACCGAAUGGGGAAUGAUAUGGAUACAUCAAGGGGUUUUCUCUCUGGAACUGUAGACAAAUUCAAGAUGGUGUUCAAGACCAAAUCAAGUCGGAGGAUGGGAACCCUGGUCGCAUCAUUCGUUGCGCUUUUUCUGCUGGUUUAUUACUUGACCAGGUAGAAGCAUCCCCGAGGAAACCGUAUGUUGGCUUGGUGUGUUGAAGAACAUGCUGGAAAUUGAUGUACCGGUCGACUUACGAUGCAGUAUAUUAUACCUUUGUGAACUCACUUUCCUGAAUGCAAAGUAUGUUGAUCCUGGUGUCGCGAAUUCUGCACUGUAUAACGAUCACACAGCGUGUGUUGGAUGGACUCUUUGCACUGUUGCUGUAACUAGAGGAACUGGAACACUGGAUUCACCUUUGUUGUCUGUUGCUCUGUCAUGCUGUUCGUAUGGUAUAAGCAGUUGGUUGCCUUGUAGCUGGACUUGUUUAAUAAUAAUUGUAUAGAACGAAGCUUGUUUGGGGGA